CACCGGUAACUAGCCCGCGGGCCGGGGCCGGGGCGCGGCAUGGCCGGGCGCGGGGCCCGCUGUCGCCGGGGCGCCGGCUCCUGCUAGCCCGGGCGGAGGCGACCAUGGGCGGCGGCGGCCGGGCGCGAGGGACCCCCCUGGGCCUGCUGGCGGCCCUGCUGUGGGCGCCCCUCGCCGCGGGGGCGGCGGCCCUGGGGGCGGCGGAGAGGAGCCAGCUCAGGGACCAGGUCGUGGAGAUGUUUGACCACGCGUACGGCAGCUACAUGAAACACGCGUAUCCUGCAGAUGAGCUAAUGCCUUUGAGUUGUCGGGGCCGAGUGCGCGGGAUGGAGCCGAGUCGUGGGGAUGUUGACGACGCCCUUGGCAAGUUUUCCCUCACUCUAAUUGACACUUUGGAUACGCUUGUGGUCCUUAACAAGCUGGAUGAGUUUGAGGACGCUGUGCGGAAGGUGGUCCUGGACGUGCGGCUGGACAACGACGUGGUGGUCUCUGUCUUUGAAACCAACAUUCGUGUGCUGGGGGGCCUGCUGGGGGGUCACAUCAUGGCUGACAUGUUGAAGGCACAAGGUGUGCGGCUGCAGUGGUACAAGGACGAGCUCCUGCACCUGGCCCGAGAUUUAGGGUACCGUCUCUUGCCUGCUUUCAACACCACCAGCGGGCUGCCGUACCCCAGGGUGAACCUGAAGUAUGGGGUCCUGAGUCCGAACUCCCGGACAGGCACCGAGCUGGACACCUGCACGGCCUGCGCUGGCACCAUGAUUUUGGAGUUUGCUGCCCUCAGUCGCCUGACACAAGAGACUGUUUUCGAAGACACCGCUCGGAGAGCGCUGGAUGUUCUCUGGGAGAAGCGCCAGAAAGGGAACGACCUGGUGGGGACGGUCAUCAACAUUCAUAAUGGGGACUGGGUCCGGAGGGACAGCGGCGUUGGAGCCGGGAUAGACUCUUACUACGAAUACCUAAUGAAGGCGUAUAUCCUCCUGGGGGACGACACCUACCUGGAGAGGUUCAACGCUCAUUACGUGGCCAUAAUGAAAUACAUCAGCCAGCCUCCCCUCCUGCUCAACGUCCAUAUGCACAACCCCACAGUCAGUAUCCGGAGCUGGAUGGACUCCCUCUUGGCCUUCUUCCCUGGCCUCCAGGUGCUGAGGGGGGAUUUGAAGCCUGCCAUCGAGACGCACGAGAUGCUGUACCAGGUCACCAAGCAACACAAAUUCCUCCCGGAGGCGUUCACGUCCGACUUUGCCGUGUACUGGGCCCAGCAUCCUCUGCGGCCGGAGUUUGCCGAGAGUACUUACUUCCUGUACAAGGCUACCCGAGACCCCUACUACCUCCAGGUGGGCAAGUCCAUUGUAGAGAGCCUGAACGAGUAUGCCCGGGUGGCCUGCGGCUUUGCGGCGGUGCAGGAUGUACGGACGGGCCGACAUGAGGACAGGAUGGACUCCUUUUUCCUGGCCGAGAUGUUUAAGUACCUCUACUUGCUUUUCACAGAGAAGCGAGAUCUGCCUCUAGACAUUGACGAUUACAUCUUCACCACCGAGGCCCACCUGCUGCCCCUGUCGCUCUCCACCGCCCGGCCCCCCUGCCCCAGGAAUGUGACUAUGUUUCACAGGGGCCAUGGAGAGGAGGAGAUUUUUACCCGUUCUUGCCCCAGCGCACAGACUCUCUUCCCCAAUAACCCAACCUUCACCCGCUCCAUCCGGGAUGCCCACAAGCAGCUGCUGCAACCAGGAGCAGAGCGCCUGGCGCUCUUCAGGGGGAUUGAGUUCCCGCUCCAUGAUACCAGGAUGGAGCCCUUGGAGAUCUUGAAGAGAAUGGGACUGACCCUGCUCCCUCUGGGCGACCGGAGCGUGCAGCUGACUGGCAUCCGACACCAGCAAGAAGCUUCUCCCCUGGGGCUCUUCAGCCUGAAAUUCAUCACCGACCUGGUCGACCCACCUGCCGGAGAGCAGCAAGGCGUCUCCCCGCUGGCUGUCCAAGUUAUUUCUCCCCCCUUUUUUGGGAGAAUGGUACUCACCGCUGGACCAGCCCAGUUUGGAAUGGACCUGACCAAACAGGAACACGGGGUGAAAGGAAGCUUAGUGCUGAGUGAACCUUACCAGGCCUGUGCAGCGAUCACCAACCGGGAGGCGGUGCAAGGGAAAGUGGCUCUGGCCCAAAGAGGCGAAUGCAUGUUUGCUGCCAAAGCCAGGAACUUGCAGAAAGCAGGAGCUUUGGGGGUGAUUUUCAUCGACAAUGCUGAAGGCAGCUGCAGUGAGGAGAUGGUUCUGUUCCAGAUGGUGGGAGAUGGAAGCACUAGUGACAUAGUCAUCCCCCUUGUCUUCCUCUUCCAGAAGGAGGGGCAAGUCCUUUUAGAUGCACUGGCCCAACAUGGUAAUGUGGAUGUGCUUCUGGCCACUAAACCCAUGUUCCUAGGUGAAGAAAAAACAGACCAGCCCUUGUCUGCAAGUCAGUUGCACGAGGCAGCCACAGAGACCCACACCAGGACGGUGACAAGUGCUCCAGACCAAGCAUGAGUUGAAGUUGCUUCGCCUGCUGUCCAGGAGGCGAGUGGCCAGCUAGCAGCUAGAUGUCCUGACCCCUCCUGUGGAAGCUGCUCCAACAGCAUGGAAAAAGCAGAAGUGUUGCACUCCUACUGUUUACUGCAGAGCAUGAGUCACAGCUUGCAGGGUGGAAACCCAAUUGCCAAAAACCUCAGGAACUUUCAUGUUUGUAAUCUGGAGGAAGGGAAAGGUGGCAUUUAGCUGCUAGCCAGAGUGCGAGUGAGUCAUGACAGUAGCAUCUCUAUAUUAUUUAACACUUGUGCCAAACUUGUCAGUGAUGCUAAGGGCCAAUGUGAAGUAGAAAGCUGUUGCCCACUGUUGGUUUGUUAAUGUACAAGUGAAAGAGUUUCUGAGGUGAGUAUCAGCUGUAGCCCUUUCCUUGAUCUUACUGCAAACAAAGAGUUUGGGAUUUUGUACCAAAGAAGCUAAGACCAGCCCAGCUUUAACUUUUGCUAUCUGUGUCACUUUCACGGGCUAUGCUCUGCAGUCUCUCUGGUACUUUCUAGCUGAAGAUUUCCUACCUUUAAAUUCAAGUGUCAGAGGCUCACUAAACAGUAGGGAUUAAAUUGCCUGUGUGGCUUUUUAAAAGCCUAAUUGAAAUUUUACAGGCUUUUAGGACUUGAACCCAAAACUGUACGAAAGCAAGUAAGGGGGUACUUGGCCAGCUGGAAGACCUAAUCAUUAGGCUUGGCAAAUUGUUACAACUGAUCUAUAGUGCCUUUCUAGCUAGCAGCUGGUACUGACUAACAGGUGGAAGGAAGAGAGUGCAUCAAACUUUUGCCUGAAGGAGAAAACAGUGCACUCCCAUUGAAGUUCUGUGGUGCCCUUUAUACAAGUUUUUAUCACUAAACUCUCCCCUCCUAUCCCUUCUGGGAAGGGAGGCCUGAGAAUUCCAUUUUUGUACUGUAAUUUAAAGGCUAUUUGAGAACUUUUCUACGUCCUCUUAUUGCAGGGCACUGCUUGGUUAGGUGGUGGCUGAGAGAAGCAGUCUUCUCUCACUCUGGGCCUCUGAAAUCUGCACUUUACUUUCAGGAGCACAAGGGAGAAGUGAUGUUGUAAAGGAACUGGCCUCAGCAAAUUAAACAUCCCUCGUGUGGGCCCUUUCAAUAUAAUGUGUUGCCAACUGCUUUUGGUUUAGGGUUUGUGCAAAAAACAAGUCCUGUCUUACUAGGACUCUUCUAUGGGACAGCCUUCUUUAUGGGAAUGUGCUUGUGUUUUAAACGUACCACAAGCCCUGUGGUGAUUGCUGGUAACCAGAAAGGGAAACUGUUUAUUUCCACUGUUGAGUGAAGUGGGAAACUGGUGACUCCCCAGCCUCAGUGGUCAAGCACUCUUUAAAACAACGUUUAGCUCAGACAGCGCCCCAGCCAGGUUACUGCUCCUCUUGCCCAUUGCAAAGGAAGGGCUUGUACUGCUGUGUGAAACCAGACCACUGGGCUUUGGCAUAUAAUGGAGUGGGGAAAAUGAGGGUUUUUAAGUUCUCAUUGCAGAACAAGAAGCAGACCAGCAGGGUUAAGUCAAAUCUUUGUAUUGCAUACACAGAACUGGUGCUAGUUUCAUAAAAUGACCAGCAUAUGUCAUGUAGAGGUCAGGCUAAAAAUGCAAAUUAUACAAAUAAGAGGAGAGCAGUGAACCCUGCAGCCAGAGCACCUGGUCAAUGCUGAGUUUGGUGCAUCCAUUGCCAGCAAUGGAUGGCAUCACAUUUAAACAGUAAAGGACCUCACACUAGGAAUCAGAAUUUAACUGAGUACACAGCUUUGUCACAUUCCCUGGAACAGCUUUAGUUUCCCCUUGUACCUGCCAGUGGACAGUCCUAACUCUAGUUCUGCUGCCUAAGCCUCAACAGCAAUCCUUACGGGGGUGAAGCUGCACUCACUCCCCCAAUCACCAGCCCACAAAAAAACACACUGGGAUGAGGUUUAGUUAAUUCCUGCAAGCUGGCCCACACCCCCAGCAUCAUUUUAAAUGUGAUCUUUCACUCUGCUUCUAAGAGCAAAGCAAACCUGGUGUUUGGAAGAGAUUUGACUCACCAUGUAACUCUUCAUUGGAAUUGGACUCCAGGAAUGUGGCUGAAUUGUAAAACUGCUGCUGAUCCAGAUCAGCACCUCGAUCCUGUCCCAAGACAGCGAAUAGAAAUAGGGCUCUGCCUCAAGGUUGGCAGCAUCUGCUAGAAAACAUGCCCACAUCCGAGUGAACAGUUUUAAACAGUCUGAGUCUCAGCAGCACCUCCUGAUGCACCAGUUCAUUGUGCAGCAGAUUAUGGUAAGACACUUCUUGUCCGUCAGCAUGUCUCCCUUAAUGAAACAAUAUAUCUCUAUCAUACGGCUAGGAGCCUCCUGCUACAAACUUCAUCCCUUUUCUCUACACAGUGAAUUUUCUCCACUAACUACCCCUGAAAAAUUGGCAGCAGUUGCUGCUUCUUGUAAUGAUUUAAGGAGGGCAUCGUAAUGUAAACUGCCAUUAAAUAUGAUCCACGCUUGAUAGAG